AUGACUGAACUCAAUAAUACUUUAACUCCAGUCGUUAUCGAAUCAUGGUUUAUCCCAUUAGAUAUCAUACCAAUGUUUGCUCUUAUUCUCACUAUUAUUUUCGAUUGUAUUUUUCUAAUUCUUAUCAUUUUCGACAAAGCCUGUCAUACCUUACAGAUGAUGUUUAUUGCUUAUACAUGUUUUGCACAACUUCUUACAAGUAUCAACAUGACUUGGGUGUACAUCUUUCUAUUAGAAAAUGAUCUUAAACAAUUACAAUAUUACAAUUCGAUGUGCUUAUUUCGAGGUUACUUUACUCCUGCAUCGUGUGCUAUGAUGAUACAUUCAUUUACAUUACAAACAUUUCAUCGAUACAUGACGGCUGUUUAUCCGACUCAUUUAUUUUGGCAAUUGAUUCGAACACAAUUGUUUCUUAUGUGUAUAUCCUUCGUAUUUUGUCUAUUAUUUCCUCUAAUUCCAUUGCUGACUGGUUACAUUGUUUACAAUGUUUACAAUCAAAAUUGCGAAAUCUUAUUUAGCUUCAAUUUUGGUGUCAUCUGGAUAUCAUCUUGCACAUAUAAUGUGCCUGUAGUGAUCAUUAUAUUUCUGUAUUUUCGAUUAGUAUUAUAUGCCAAAUCAAUAAACAAUGUUGCAACAGCUGUGAAUGUCUUCUUUCGCGCACAACGGGAAUUAAAGAUGGUGAAGCAAAUUGUGAUAUUAGUGUCAAUGCUUUUGAUCUUUGGUGUCCCAUAUGUAACAUUUAUAUUUACAUCAUUUUUUACAAAUAUUCCAUUGUAUCAUUAUCGAAUUUCACAUGUGUUCGUCGUACUACCGUAUCCAAUACUUCUUGCGACUUUAUUCUAUUUCACCGAACCAUUGAAAGAUUCGUUGAGAAAACUUUUUUCCGGACGAAGAAAUCUUACUGGAUUAAGUACGACAUUGACUAAUCGUUAA